GGCUGGCACUGCAAAUGUGGCUUCCAAGGCUCUCUCAGAUCGACGAUCUGAAGUGAUCUUUAUGUUUUUCAAAGACCCUACUAUGCGGCAUCUAUGAGAGCCAAACUCCCAACGUAACUCCGGCAACUCUCGAGUCUGGGAAGCAAGGACAUCUUAUUCUAUUCUUUAAUCUAUCUUACCAGUAAUUUAACUGAGAUACUAUGGAUACUCUAUGGAAAACUCACGAGUUCGACGCUGUUGAUUACAGCGUUUUCAAGGCGCCGAAGAGGCAAAGAUCGAGAGUCGCACUUGGCUGGGCAAUUAAUGAAGAAGACAACUCAGAUAAUAAUGCACUGCACUGGGCUACAUUUGGCAAUGUAAAAGACUGGGCGACAUGGUUUGACGACAAAGAGUCCCUUUACGACUUGGAGAUGCCGCAGAAAGCCGCAAGCUUUUUAUUUUUCAAACGUGAUGUAGCGCCUGAUAACUUGCCUUCUGAUGAUGCGAACAUCCUCCAGCACAUUCCUGUCGACGAGGUCUCAUUUCGGCUUAUUGUGGAUAACUUCCACAUUCACCGUGCAUUCCCAAUACUGCUUGAGAACGGUGCUGCUUCAUUUUCACGAAUUCCAUGCAAGAUUGGAGGACGCGAGUGCAAAGUUUACACUCUUAGAGUGGAGGAAAAGAUGGAGAAGCACACGGCGAUUACUAUCACAUACUUCCCAAAAACGAAAGACCUUGAAAGCAAGAUGUAUGCUUUGGUUCUAGGCUUGAAUGACCAAGAGAUCAUAAAGGCGUUUGGACAAUUACGAGCUGCGAGCGGGAAUCUGUUCUCCCCAUUCACCUUGAUGAAGAUCUUCCUCGAGCUCGAGCGAAACACCCGCCUCAAGUUUGUGAGUGACAAAGUCACUUUGCUUGAGACUCUGGUAGAUAUCUAUGGUGGACUACCAGUGACAAUGGGACGAGCGACGCCGAAACCAGGCACAUAUGAUCAUCGGGGUGACGAUUCUCAUGGCCUUCUCAACCUUUUUCUCGAAGUAGGUUACGCGAAAGGUGGAAUAGCAGCAUGGAAGGCGCAGUUGUUCGGUAUGAAAAAGUCCAUCAAAGAGUUUCGAGCCAUGUCAAGUCCGACAUCCCAAGAGAUUGACCCAAGCGACUACCUCAGCCGAUUGAUCGAGGAUUAUCAUGUGCAGAUACACAAAUGUGAUGUCCUUCUGCAAGCAAUCCCGUUGGCGUUCCAGAGAGACACCUUCCACCAAUCGAGACUAGAUACUCGGCAGAUGAAAGCGUUGGCUCUUCUGACCAUGGUAUUCCUCCCAGGGACAUUCAUCGCUAUACUCAUGGCAGUGCCCGAGUUCGAAGCCAUGAAGAACGUUCGUUCGCUCCCACCAUGGUCUUGGUACUUGGCUCUCACUCUUCCGCUCACUGCCGUUGUGCUUGUCACUUAUGUUUUAUGGGUAGCAUUAGGAGACGAUAAAUGGCAGAAAAGGUUCAAGACAGCUUGGGAGAAGUUGAAUUGUGGACGAAGACGUGGCAGAAGAGCGUGAUAGAAGACUUUGAGAGGUCGGAAGGACAACGCCCUCAUUUCAUUUCCAACAGCUGUAACUAUCCCUCUACUCCGGAGAAGGUUGAGUUUGGUUUCAGGACACAGGAGCUUCGACUUCUUUCAACUAUUCAUAAUUUCCUGCACUGGGGUCUUCCACUUUGCGUAGACUAGAUAUUCCUUGUUCUAAUACGUGCACUCCUUCGUACCAUGCUUUCAUCAAGACUGGAUUCGUUCGAUCCUCUGUGGUGCUUCCUGUGUCCACCAGAGUAAUUGAUUCCUAAAUUUCGGGACGUGAAUAAGUACAUCAGUACUUAUGACUAUUCCGAGCACCGGCACGCGAUUGGAUCAAACAUUAAUGUUGCGAGCCCACCU